AGAUAUCAAGUUAACUAUCCAGAGUUCUGAUUAAAGUGUGUUUUACGAGUCAAAACAGCAAGAACAUAUUAAUAGCUUGCUGGUUUUUCUUGAUCAGCACUUCAGAAAAGAGAUGUUGCUGUAUUUGUAAUGAGUGAUAUUAGGAAAUAUAAUAAUAUAGGUCUGGAUUGUAAGAUCAGCUUGCCCCGGUGAGGUUAUGCCACUUUCAUUUAUGAUAUACAGCGUCAGUAAUGAAAAUUUCUCUCGGACAAAUUGGCGUCCAUGGUAAUUGUUCGCGUUCACAUUGGGGAUUCUGCACUGUUCUGCUAUGUUUGUAUACAUAAACAUGUGUGCGAAUGUUUGAUAACGAAUCCGAAGUAUUUUUACGAUAUUAAAAUUUUGAAGAUUUGACAGAAUUGAGGAUUGUGCAUCAUGGUUCAUUUGGAUAAUGGUUCCCAAUGUUAUUCGGAGAAUUACGCCGCGAAAAUUAUUGCAAAAAGUGAUUGUUAUAAUUUUUGGUUUAUUGUUGUUUAUCUUUGGAAUACAUGUAUUUGUAACCGAAAGGGAACCCCAAGAAAACACAAAAAUUAAAGAGAAUGAAAGAUUCGCUAAUUUCGGAAUGAAGUCGAAAUAUCGUCUUUUGCACGAAAAUCAACCAAUACGGAAUGACGAUGACAUCAUUUAUCUUGAUGAUGAACUAAACAAUGUCGUGGAGGACAACAAAUUGCAAGAAGUGACGUCACGCCCAAUGAAAAGAUUACCAGAUGCGUUAAUUAUAGGUGUCAAGAAGUCCGGUACAAAAACAAUGCUAGAAUUUCUCAAAAUACACCCAGAUGUUUGUGCGCCUGGGAACGAAGUACAUUAUUUUACAAGAAAUUACCAUAAAGGAUUGGAAUGGUAUAGACGACAGAUGCCGGUUUCUGUAGAGAAUCAAGUUACGGUAGAGAGAACCCGUGCCUACUUUGUACACGGAGAGGUUCCCCACAGAGUGUAUCGUCGGAUCCCGAACAUUCGUUUUAUCGUGGUGGUUCGAAACCCAGUACUACGAACUCUGCUAGAUUAUAUCUCACAAUGUGAAAGAAAUAAAAGCAAAUUGUCUUUCAAGGAGGCCUUCUUUUGGAACAAUGAUACCGGUUUCCUGGAUAUUUCACGUGAUUUUAUUCAGACGAGCAUAUAUGUGAAGUUUUUGGAUAAUUGGUUAAAAUAUUUCAAGCUGGACCAAAUUCAUUUUGUUAACGGUGAUAAACUUUAUAAGAAUCCUUUGCGGGAGUUGAAAAAAGUUGAAGACUUUUUAAGUCUAAGGAAUUUGAUCUCAUCGGAACAUUUCUAUUAUAAUACGUCACGUGAUACUUUAUGCAUUAAGAAACGCGAAUGUCAAGGACGUCCUCAUUGUUUUUCGGACAGCAAGUUAAAAAUUCCCCCGCCAGUAUACUUGAUGAAACGUUUGCAGGACUUCUUCGACCCAUUUAACGAGAAAUUUUAUGAGAAAUCAAAACAACAUUUCAAUUGGAAUGCUUAGUUGAGAUUUUCGAUUGUUUUCUUUUCUACGGUUA